AUGCAACUCACCGCCCUACUCGCCACCGCCCUCCUAGCAGCUGGGCAGGCAGCUGCUGGUAUCAACUGCAAGGGCAGCAGCCAAUGUGCUGGCGGAACACAGGGAGAAUACACUUCCAGUUUUGUAAACUUGGCCAGGGGCCUCGAUCCUAACCGCUGGUACUACAACGGGCAGCACAUCAUGUGUACCCAGCAUCUUUGCGCCUUCCUGCAGAACACAGGAGGAAUGCCUGGCUCGAGCAUCAAGACACUUAUCUCGGACCUUGAUGCCCAUGGCUGCAACAAAUGCGGCAGCAUUCCGGUCUUCUGGCCGCAGGAUAACGACGAGAAGAGCCAUGGCAUCCUUACUAUCAACUAUGUCUCCAGCCCUAAGUGCAACUGGGCUAUUUGUUAA